GGUUUUAUCAAGAUUCAUCGCUGCUGACCAGGAUGAUUGACGCGCGGGCAUGGGCAGAGUACGUGGUGGAGUGGGCUGCGAAAGACCCCUACGGUUUCCUAACCACUGUCAUCCUGGCACUCACACCCCUCUUCAUUGCCAGUGCACUGCUGUCCUGGAAGCUCGCCAAGAUGAUUGAGGCACGCGACCGGGAACAGAAGAAAAAGCAGAAACGUCAGGAAAACAUAGCCAAGGCCAAGAGGACCAAGAAAGACUGAGCCUGUGAGGGCAGAAUGAGGGCAUAUAAAUAAAACAGGAGAGACCACCAUGCUCACAGCCCUCCUUGUUCCAAAUAAUGACACGGUGCCCUUCUUUGUCCCAGCCCUACUGUCAGCAAAGGGCCACUCUGCAUCAUGUCUGGGGUGGGAGGAGGGACACUGGCCCCACAGGCCUAACAGUGCUGAGGCAGACAGUGCUGCCUGGAGGAGGCUCGUCCCGAUGGGACUAUGGUCAGCAAGAGCACAGUGGUCAUCUGUAUAACGUUUUUAUACAGAGCUCUGCGGAUAAUAUUGCACAGCUGCUGCAACACCUUGCAUUCCAUUGUUAGCAUCCAUGUUCUGCUGAAUUGACCGUGUAAUGAGCAUACUGGAAAUUUAUCUAAGUUACUUGCAGAUAUCCAAAAUACUUUCUAAUAAAUAAAGUUUUCAUGCUUGAUAAGAAAAUUCAA